AUGGUUGAAGAAAUGGACACUACAGGUGGUGCUUUGAAUAGUUUAUUUUCAUUCACUAGCCCAUCUGUAAAAAAACUACUUGGGUGGAAACAAGGAGAUGAAGAAGAGAAAUGGGCUGAGAAAGCUGUAGAUGCACUGAUGAAAAAGUUAAAAAAAACUAAAGGAGCAACUGAAGAUUUACAAAAAGCUCUAAGUUCACCUGGACAACCAAGUAAAUGUGUCACUAUACCAAGGAGUCUAGAUGGCCGAUUGCAAGUAUCUCACAGAAAAGGUUUACCUCAUGUUAUAUACUGUAGAGUAUGGCGAUGGCCUGAUCUUCAGUCACACCAUGAGCUUAAAGCAGUUGAUCACUGUCAAUUUCCAUUUUCUGCUAAACAAAAAGAUGUUUGCAUAAAUCCAUACCACUAUCAAAGAGUCGAAAGUCCUGUUUUACCUCCGGUACUAGUUCCCCGCCAAAGCGAAUAUGCUCCACAGCCGACAUUGCAGCAAUAUCAGCCACCAAUUGAUGUUGGAAUGCCAAUGAAUGUGUCAAUGAACACUGAUGGAUUCCCUGAAAGUGUAUUAACUACUAAUCAAACUACAUCUAAUGACCCCAAUCAAAUUCCGUCUACAAAUAACAUUAAUCCAUUUUCAGAUACAUCUCUAAUAGAAAAUUCUUCAUUUUCUUCAACAGAUGAUCCAAACAAAAUUAAUAAUAUUGACAAAAAUACCAAUUUGGAAGACCUCGAUGGUAUUCCAAUAGUCUAUCAAGAGCAACUCUGUUGGGCUAGUAUAGCAUAUUAUGAACUCAAUUCUAGAGUGGGUGAAGUAUACCAGUGUCAUUCUCCUCAUGUGGUUGUGGAUGGUUUUACAAAUCCUAGAAAUGAUUUAAAUCGUUUUUGCCUUGGUCAGUUAUCUAAUGUAAAUCGUAAUUCAACUAUUGAAAAUACUAGACGACAUAUAGGCAAAGGGGUUCAACUAUAUUAUGUUGGUGGUGAAGUUUUUGCUGAAUGUUUAUCUGACUCUGCGAUAUUUGUUCAAUCACGUAAUUGUAACCAGCACCACGGUUUUCAUCCAUCUACUGUGUGUAAAAUACCACCAGGUUGUUCAUUGCGUAUAUUUAACAAUCAAGAAUUUGCUGGUCUUUUAUCACAAUCAGUUAACCAUGGGUUUGAGGCAGUUUUUGAAUUAACCAAAAUGUGUACAAUACGUAUGUCAUUUGUGAAAGGCUGGGGGGCUGAUUAUCAUCGUCAAGAUGUAACAAGUACUCCAUGUUGGAUUGAGAUACAUUUACAUGGACCUUUACAAUGGCUUGAUAAAGUGCUGACACAAAUGGGAAAACCUCAUGAUGCCAUAACAUCACAUUCUUAA